UUUUCAAUAAUUUAAUUUUGCACUUUUUUUUCUUUAAAUUCUUUAAACGUGUUAUAUCGUUGCAUUGUGUUAAUAGAGAAAUUCUUGUACCUUUUCGCAGAAAAUAAAGAAUCUUAAAAAUUCUCUCAGUCAAAGGACAACUGACAUCAUAAUCCGGCUGAUUAAAAUGCUGAUGAAUUAAAAUAAAAAACCAAAAGCGAAAAGAUCCAAUCCAGAUCAAAGCGAACCAACCUUAAUUUCUGUUUCGACCAUCACAAGGAUAGAGUUGUUAGAAGAUCCAUACAACAUAAAACAAAAUGCUUGUAUAAAAAAAAUUCGCCACUUUAGGCUCAAAACGGACUUCUAAUAUGAUGAAUUAACUUACGCGUGCUACUUUGGAUUUAAUUAUCUGUCUCUCCUCGCUCGUCUUGGGAGCUUCACUUACAAUUCAUUUGUAAUUGCAACGCCCAGAUUAUCAUUUUAAUUUUUCUUUUUGUUUUAUUGUUUACUCUUCUCUCCGAAAUCAGUUCACAAAUAUUUUUUGUUUUACGUCAAAAGCCCCCGCAAGCCAAAUGAAAGACGGAAAAAAUGUUUAAUAACAUGUUCAAUGGAAUAAUGUUAUUAAAAGUCGAAGUAACAUCAUCGGCCAUCAUCAUCAAGUAAAAAACAAAAAAGCUUCAAUCAAUCAAAGCAAAAAGGUUUAACAAAGCUCCAUCUAAAUUAUCCAUCAAAAAAAGUAAAUAUAAAAAAAAGUUAAAAAGCCAACGAAACAAAAAAAAAAGAAAAAUCGUGCUGAAGAUAAUUUUUUGUGUGUGUAAGUGUCUAAGCUUCAUUACCAAAGUUAAAUUCUUCGCCAAAUUCUUCUUCAUCAGCGCCCAUCAAGUUAAGUUUGUUGUCUUCUUUCACUGAACGAUAACGACAAGCGAAAGAAAAAUAAUAAAAAAAGAGUAAGCAAAGGCUCAAAACGUCAACGCCAUCAUUAUUAGAAAUAUCAGGUUUUGUUUGGGUUUUGUGCGCUUCUAUUCUAGUCAGCGUACAUCUUCGUCGACAAAUUCCUUUCAUACUAUAACAUGAAGUAUCCGCAAUUGGUGUCCAGUCGUGCUGUUAAUGAAAUCUCCGAUUGGUUAAUUAAACGAUUGGAGGAUUUGGAUAUCGAACAGCCAAGUGUUUAUUCGCGUCUUUUGCUUUCGCUCCUUCACACACCCUUCAAAGUGAAUGCAAUCGACUUAUUGGAGAUACCGCAGUUGAAGGACCUGAAGCUACCUUAUCAUUUGCUGAAUAAGAAUAAUGAAGAAUUGAAACGUCUGACAGCAGUUGAGAGUCUAAUGGAAGUUUCGACCGAAGAAAAUAAAUCAAACAUUAUCAGUUUGGUCGAUGAAUUGCAUUCAAAGUUGCGAAAAAUUGAAAACAGUUGUGAAGAUAAUUCGGUGAUUGGACGUUCGACAAACGUCGUACUCUCAUCAACAUCACCGGUGACAUCAUCAUCAACUUCAAAGUUUUAUAAAAAUUUGAAAAAGAUUAAGCGAAAUCAUGGCACAGAGAAUCCAACGAAAAAUUAUUAUCUUGCUUUUCCUGCAUUGAGUAGUGGCAAGAAAGCAUUGACAAGCACAAUAACAACGACAACAAUUACUAGCGGUGGUGAAAAUCAAGAAGCAUCAUCGCCAGGUGAGGUUGGUGAAACGAAAAAGGAUUCCAACAUGCAUCAAUUGCUUUGCUGGUCGAAUCUUAUGUCAAGCGCAAAAGACAAUUCUCAGCAAAGCUCAUGUAAGAACGACACUGAGAAGAUUCUUAACGCUGUUAAGAUUAAAGGACCACGACGUAAACGACGCUAUGGUCGCUAUUUAAAUAAGCAAACCGAUGUGCAAUGUUAUACCAAAAGUUUUGAUACCAUUCAUGAUGGUGCAACAUUUUCUUCGCCAAAAGCUAAGAAUGGAAAUAAGAAACAUCAUAAAAGUCAAAUUGGAACUUUAGAAAAGAAUCCAUCAACAAAAGCAUCAUGCAAUGGUGUUCGAAAUAACAACAUUUAUCCAUCUGGUUCCACACAAAUUUGGGACAUGGAUUUUAAGGGACAUUGGGAAAUGGAUCGUGAUUUGAUUGGUGAAUUCAUUCAACAACAGCAACAACAGCAGCAGCCAGACCAUCAGAAAAAGAUCCACAAAGUUCAUCUUAAGAAGGCAAAGUCCACCAGCCAAGUGGGACAAGCCAUGGAUGACUAUGAUGACGAUGAUGACGAUGAUGAGGAUGAAACUGAUGAUGAUGAUAAUAUUCUAAUGAAGUUCUUACCAAAGAAGCUCAUGGAUGACGAUCCAACAAGUGCCGACGCUACGGAACUUUUAAAAUCAAAAUUCGAUGCGAAUAUCAAAGCAUUGUGGAAUGAUGUCGACGAAGAAAAAUUGGCCAAGCCAUUGACAUAUAAAAUGUUCAACAAUAACGAUGGUGGCAAUGGAUGUCGUCUCGUCAAUUCAUUUUCAAGUGAAAGAAAUUCGUUUGCUUUGUUCAACUUUAAUGUACAUCAACCCCAUCCGACGAUGGAGGUCGUUGCACCUUCCGCCGCCAACAAUCUUCAAAUGUACAACAAUCAUCAUCAUCAUCAUCAUCAUCGUAAUAUUUCGGAUUUUGAUUAUAAUAAUAACAGCAACAAUAAUAAUGGAAGUGCUGCUUCCUUUAACAAUAACAAAAAUCAUCAACAUCAUUACACAUCAGCAAUCAGUCCGGGAGCAGAGAAGUUCAUCAAAUCGGGAACAAACCUGCAAGCAUCAAUUUGGUCUGAUGGAGAAUUUUCGUGCGAACCCGAAAGCUUCAUCUAUAAGGAUUACACAGCACUUCGUGAAGCGAAUGAUAAAACGAAGAAUGGUCACAGCAUGCUUGACAGUAUGAAUGACAUUGAUGUGCUGGCGAUUGAAAAGGAUGCAAAGAAAGAAGAUUUCUCGGUUCGAUUCGUGAUUAAAGAUGAGAAUAAUAAAGGAUGUCAAACUGACAUUAAUGAUUUAAUUCGUGCGGUUAAUAAUCGAAGCUUUCUCGAGAUCAAUGAAGAUUAUUGCAAGCGUAAGAUUUACGAUGAAUAUUUUAAAGAAUCCAACAACAACAUCAACAACAAAUGGCGUUAUCAACUGACAGCUGAUGAUUCAAAUGAUUAUUCAUUCUUCAGUGUUAAUCGUGUGAAGAAUCCACCAGUUGUUCCCAAAACACUUCAAGAUAUUCUCAUGUCAUCAAAUUCAUCAUCGUCAUCGAUUUGCACCAUCACAUCGUCGUCAUACGAAACAUCAGCUGUCGAUCCAUUCGAAUCAUGGCGAAGUAUAAAAGUUGAUAAUGGUGGAAUGUUGGAUUCAAAUUACAAGCAACAAACGUGCAUGCACAGCUUAUGGGAGCAAUGCAAUGCUUGUAAUCGUAAUGAUUAUGAUCGUUAUUAUGAAGAGAAGACAAUUCCAGCGAAUCGUUUGAUGAAGGAUGAACUUCGCAUGGAUGGUGAUGAGAUAAUGAAUGUGAUUCAGAAUCUUUACAUUACUGGCGAUUAUUGUGACGAUGAAGAAGAGAAGGACGAAGAUGAUUACGAAGACAUGAAUCACUUGUACAUGGACAUGUUGGAUGACAGCAUGGACGGUUCGGGAAUAGCUGAAGAAGAAAGUAAAUUCUAUGAAGCUUCUGAUGAGUUGAAAGGCGACAAUGUUGAUGAGAAGGAAGGAAAUCAUUUCACUCCCAACAUGUUUGAGAAUCAUCGACGUGAAGAAUUGUUGCAGUUGGAGAAUUUCGAUGAAAUUACGAUGGCAAAGAUGCAAUGGCAAUGGGAUAAAAAUCGUGAAGCUGAGAAAGAUCAAGAGAAAUAUUUGAAGCUUCUGAAAUGGAUUCAAGCUUCGCUAAGAAUGAAGAGAAUGAAGAAGAAAAUUAAUCAUCAACACAAACACACACAUACACAACGCUACACACAUAAAUUACAAACAAUCAUUAAGUAA